AUGUCAACCGCCUCAACCGCCGUCUUUCCUCCUCCUCCUCCGGUACCUAUCCCUACUUAUAUCACUAGCCUUGGUCUUGGUUACUCCAUAGCAAUAGCUUUAGGUUUCCUCGUUCUUAUCUCAACAAUUAUCCUCUCUUCUUACAUUUGUUGCCGCGCCUCUCGCCUCCGCUUCUCCUCCUCCGCAAACGCAAACGCAAACGCGAACGCUUCUUUUGGUAGCCGUAGCAUAAUCGUACCACGUAUCAUAUUUGUAGCUGAAGACGACGAUCUUGAAUCAGCUGUUUCUGGAACCGUUGUUGUUGGUGGACUUGAUCAACCAAUCAUUAACUCUUACCCUAAAUUUCAUUACACUAAAGAUAUUGCCGUAGCCGCCACCGCCGGAGAUAAUGGAUUUCACGGCGAAGAUACGACGUGUUCGAUCUGUUUGUGUGAGUAUGUGGAAGAAGAGAUGUUAAGGAUGAUGCCGGAAUGUAAACAUUACUUCCAUGUUUAUUGUCUUGAUGCUUGGCUUAAACUCAAUGGUUCUUGUCCUGUUUGUCGGAAUUCUCCACUUCCGACGCCGCAAUCUACUCCGUCGUCGACUCCUUUGUCGGAAGUUGUGCCGUUGUCUCAAUACGCCGCCGAUCGGAGGAGAACAAGAAGAUAA